CCCGAAAUAGAUUUUAGCAUAUCAUAAAAAAUAAAAGUAAAAAUUGUUUAUUAAAAUGAGUGAUGAGAUAUAACUGUAUCAAGUACGCUAUAGGUAAAAUUAUUGUUACUUUUUUUAUUAUGGGAAAAAAACGGCAAACCCAGUGACGUCAUCUAUAUGCGACACACAAGCGCCUAUGCCCCGUUUAACCAAAUGCAAUUUAAGAGAGCUCCACAGUUGGGGGCAUGUCUUCGAAAUGACCCCACCAUACAGCUUAAAAUUAUCAGAACUGAGAGCAUUUAGCAGAAAUGCACAAAAACGUUGAUUCCCUGCUUGAUUCACAUCACGCCAUGUACGGGCCACGUCUUCAGGACUACUCGUUCCACACCUUACGGAAAAAUAACUGCCAUCAUUACACUUUCGAUAAUUUUAGGGUCUGUUUUUCCAAACAUGUUUAAUGGAAAUAAAACAAUGCAGCCAUUCCAGUGAAUCGUGGUUGCUGUACUGUCUCUUUAAAAGAGUUCUAGUCAAGAAAUGUCCACCCCAGGAAAGUCAGGUGGCAAAAAAGCCAAAGUAAGAGCUAUUCCACCCAAAACCUCCUUCUCCUGCCCUUUUGGACUACAGUGGAGCCCCCUUCCUCAACACGACAUGCAUUUCAUCCUGACUACUUUAAAAGAAAAACUAACUUCAAUGGGUCUCGAGAAGAAAGAGCCAAAGGUGUUUAGGCCCUGGAAGAAAAAACAGCGCAAACAGAGCGAUCAAACCUCCUCAUCUAGGUCAGAUCCCGUCUCAGAGCCAAGCCAGGACCCGGAUAAGAAGGAUUCUCCAAAGGGUGGCUGGACAGAUUUGUCAGCGAGGAGACAACUAGCCGUGGGCAUCAAUGAGGUCACCAAAGCUUUGGAGAGGAACCAACUCAAACUGGUGCUGGUGUGCAAGUCCGUCAAGCCGAAGCACAUGACCAAUCACCUGAUAACGCUGAGCGCCACUAGAGGAGUCCCCGCCUGCCAAGUUCCCCGGCUAAGCGAGAGCGUGGCGCAAUCGCUGGGCCUGAAGAGCGUACUAGCGCUGGGGUUCUGGCAGAACGGUUGUCGAGACGACGGCGCAGCGAUAUUCCGUGACACCGUGGAAGCCAUCAUACCUAAAGUGCCCUCACUGGAUGUUGCUUGGCUACAAGGCGCAGCGGCUGCGGCGGCUGCGGCAAGUGUCGCGUUACGACCGCAGGAAAGCAAGAGGCCCGGCCAGAAAAGGAAACUGGAGCCUGAGUGUGAAGAACCUUCCUCGUCCUCCACACUGCAACCUCUCCAAGUGAAAAGAGUUGUUCCGAACCCUGCAAAGAAAAGACGGCUGAGAGUAAAGAAAGACAAAUGACAAAUCGUGUCCGAUAAAUAUGUUCAGCACCACGGCUCUUACCGUUUAUGUCUGAAGAGAACCCUUUCAUUUUAAUGGAUUUAUUUAAUGUGAGGCAUUUUUUUUUUUGCUGGUUGACUUGGGUCCUCACAGUCUGUGUUUUUGUCCUGUGUUGGUAGCCAACAUGGAAAAAUGACACGACACCCAAAAGCGGGUCAACAUCAUCCUACCAUUCAGUGCCGUUUAUAUAGAAUAAAGCAGUGUUUGCCAUGGCAAUGCGUGUCAAAAAAUUGCACACUCGUGACAGAAAAUGGUACACAUUGGCACAAAAUGACCACGCUCCCGCAUCUGUGAAGAAGUUGUGACAUUUUGACCCGUUUUUAUAUCAUCUCGCAGCUAGCAGGAAAGAGCAGGAAAGAGGCAUAAACUAGAAUAAAAGGAGGCACUGACAGUCUAGGAGUGGGAAUUGCUGACCACAAGAGAUCACUUUUGGGUGUUAUGAUUAGUCGUGAACAGUAACUUACAAGGAAGAUCCGAGAGGCUACAGAAAAUACUUGGGAAAUUGAACAUUUUCAUGUAAAUGACACAAGCUUUGAUACGUGCCGCCUAUAUUGUUUAGGCCAGGGGUGGGCAAACUUUUUGACUCGCGGGCCGCAUUGAUAUAACAAAACUUCCGGGGGGGCAGACUAUAUAUUUUACACGUAACAGUCCACCUGGUAUUAUUGUAUCUGUAAAAUUGUCAUGCAAUCUGCUAUUAUUAUUUAUUAUUUUAUAUUUAUAUUUAAAUAUUUUAAAAAUAAUAAAAUAUUAUAAUAAUUAAAAUAAAAUUAAAAUAAUAAUUAUUAUAUUAUUAUAUAAAAUAUGCAAAUAUAACAUUAUAUAUAAAUAAUUAGCAUUAAUAUAAAUAUAAUAUAAUAGUUAUAAUAAUAAUAUAAUAAUUAUUAUUUUAAUUUAUAUUAUUAUUAUGUGCUUGUGUCUCUUUUUUCAGGAGCACUUUGUAAACAACAGACCAUGUCAAACAACGAAAUUGAUAAAACCAUCAAAAGGUUGGCUCAGGCCAUGAUGCCAGGUUGUAUGUUGAGUUUGAAUUAAAUACUUUGGAAAGAUUGGGCGGGCCGUAUUCAAACACUUGGCGGGCCGGAUGUGGCCCCCGGGCCGUAGUUUGCCCACCCCUGGUUUAGGCAUUGGUUGCAUGCUUUCAUAACUAGUUCUGGGAAAUUAUGCCUACCGCAAAUUUGCAACGUUUCAAAAAUUUUCUUUGCACACCGAUACACACUUUACAUCUGUUUAGCACCAAUUUACUCAUUGGAGGCAAAAUUGUGUACGAGUAUUUGUGCCAUUUGUACAGCGGAGCAACAUAGGAAAAAGGUAGAAAAAAUGCCAGCUCUGACAGGAAGUGGUUUUUGAUAUUAAUCCACAAAGGUAGAAAAUCGCCGCAACUGACUGUUCUCCCCCAUUCAGUAUUGGCGCUCUGUAUUACUGUAUUACAGUAAACCUCGGAUAUAUCGGACUCGGAUAUAUCAGAAAUUCGCUCACAACGGACAGAUAAAAAAGAACCGAUUUUUCUGUAAUGCAUUUCCAAUAAAAAUUCAUUGCAUAUAUCGGAUUUUUUAGAACGGAUUUCACCUAUUUCGGACAAAAUCUCCAGUCCCGUUCCAAUGCAUUUCCAUUAAAUUUCCCUGGCAUAUAUCGGAUGGCCGCAUCGUUAUGCUAAUAUUGUUGAUGUCACUGGCUAUUGUCUUUCUCCUGGCUCCAGAUUUAGGACAAAUAUAAAAGUGAGUGACGUCAAUAAUACUAGCACAGCAGUCAAUGAGAUCUUAACCUCACUAUUGGAAAUAACGUAGGCCUGACGGGCGUAACAGGGCCUAGCUUAAUUAACAAUUUGUUAUGCUCAGAGUCCAAUAAAGUUCAAUUCUCAUUACCUUACGUCUCUUUUCAUUCAUAGUCAAGGAAGUGCCUUUUUAUAAUGGAUAAAAUCCGAUUUACGCAUAUACCGGAUAUAAAUCCGAUAUAUGCGUAAAACGGACAUUUUCCGGUAUACGCAUAUAACGGAUUUGGCUUAUAUCGGACAAAACCAGUGGGAACAAUUGAAUCCGAUAUAUCCGAGGUUUACUGUACUUAAUGAGUCCUUAAUCCCUUACUUCCUGGAUAAUGCUAACAUAGAAGUACUAGAAGUUCUCAUGACGAUGCAGCACCGUCGCUUUUUGUGUGACUGACAACAAAUGUUCAAAUGAUUGAUCCUGGUUGAUUUUUGUCAAGUGAAUUUAUUCAAAUAUCCAUGCUGGUAUAGGCGGCGUGUGUGUUGAAACAGAUUGACAUUUGCAUGGUGAUCACGUGAUCUAAAUGAUGCUGGUACAGGUUCUUUCGUCUUUCUCACAGCUUACAGUGGAAUUGAAUAAAAAUAUUGGGACUUCCGUUUGUUAACAAAGCUGUUUGUGUCGUCUUCCAAAGUGCAUUCCGAAAAAGUCUGACAAAAAUCUUCCAAAUAAGGCAGGUAUCUGCGUGGGGGGGGGGGGUUGUUGAGUCGUCACUAAAGGGCGUGGCUAGUAACAUGCGCAACAUUCACACAAAUGCAGGCAAAAAUGUCGGCGACGCAACCAAGUCAAUGUUCACCCGCUCACUUGACCUAAAACAACAAACCAGUAGUCUGCUUUUCUUUGUUUAUAAAGGGAAGGAGCACAGAAUCGGCUUCAGUGAUGCAGCGACAUCUCAAAUAUGAGAGUAGAACUUUGAAAAAAAUGAAUUUUCACAGUUUUCUGGUUGCCCGCUUUGAUUUUUUUUUUUUUAAACGUGAAUUUGUAAUCGGAUGUGAACUUUUUCCAUGCAUUUAUCGGCACGACACAAAGAAAAAUAACAUAUUUUUAGACUCACAGACACAGUAUGACAAACCGGAAUGAAUAAAAAAAAGGACCUGAACGCAACAAGAGAAGGAAAAACAGCCCAAAUAUCAAACUAGCGCAGCAGUUCUCUCUGUGAGGAAUCAUUGAACAGCAACAAAAACAAAUGCAGCUUAUUCUCGGAAUGAAAAAGUAAAUGCUCUUUUCUCUGCAAUUUAUACUAAAUACUGUCUCCGACCACAAACGGAAGACACAGCAUUAUAACACGGCCGCAGCGCACCCUCAAACUUCAAAAGUACCGUAGCGGGUUUUCAAAAAAAUGGGGGCCCUUGAGGACUUUUAAGGAGCCCUAAAAUUGUGCUUCAUUGAUUUAAUAAUACAUUCUUCAUUAAAAAAAAAAGUUGAGUGUUUCAUGGCAUCCGACCUCGACAGUGCACCGGUUGGUUUCAUGAAGGAUCAGGAGGGUACAAGUCAUCCCCCGGAACUACUCAUCAUCAUCAUCAUCAUGUGGAAUUGUACCCACAACAUCAUCAAAUCCGACGUACCCAGAAAAGAAA